AUAUCGAACUCAUUUCUCUUCUCAAAUAUCAACCCCUCUUUGAUUUUUAUAGUCUCAGAUUCCCUCGUUUUCUUCUUCACUCCUUUUCUCUUUUAUUAGGAGCUCACCAUUCCUCUCAUCAUACGUUCAAUCUUGUAUCUUUUGAUUUAAGAUUUUGAAAAUUAGCAUUGGAUCCAAUAUUAAGAAAUGGCGAAUCUUGGGUUGCUUUCUGUGGCUAAGUCUGUAAAAUCAGUUAAAUUGAGCUUUAGAAUACCUUAUUAUACUCACUGGGGUCAGAGCUUGCUUAUAUGUGGAUCUGAAUCCGUGCUUGGUUCAUGGAAUGUUAAGAAGGGCUUGUUACUGAGCCCUGUUCAUCAAGGUGAUGAGCUCGUAUGGUGCGGAAGUAUUGGUGUACCAAGUGGAUUCAGUUGCGAGUACAGCUAUUAUGUGGUGGAUGAUGAGAAGAAUGUACUGAGAUGGGAGAUGGGAAAAAAACGUAAUUUGUUGUUGCCUGAGAGCAUUAAGGAUGGACAGGUUGUGGAGCUGCAUGAUCUUUGGCAGACUGGUGGUGAUGCCAUUCCUUUCAGAAGUGCCUUUAAAGAUGUCAUCUUUCACAAGAAUAGGACUCUGAACAUAGAGAGGCCUCUGGGAAUCAUUCAUGAGAAGCUGGACCGUGAAGAUUCAGUUGUUGUUCAUUUCAAAAUUUCUUGUCCAAAUGUAGAAGAUGGCACAUCAGUGUAUGUGAUUGGUAACAACGCAAAGUUGGGGCAGUGGAAAGCUCAAGAUGGUCUUAAACUUAGCUAUGCUGGUGGAUCAAUCUGGGAAGCAGACUGUGUGAUUCAAGGGGAUAAUUUCCCAAUAAAAUAUCCUUUUUGAAUGUCUUUUUGAACCUUUAAUUCAAAAUUGUACUUGUUCUUCUGUUCUGUGUUUUGUGCAUUC